AUUCGUAUAUUUUCAAGUAGCUAUGACUGCCAGUGAUGAAGGUAGGCGACUCUAUACUCGAUUCGACGUCUCAAAUAGUUGUAGGGCUUGAAACGCGAAUGAUCCGCGAUUAUCCAAAAUCGCUUUCCUUCUCCAUGGUGUAUAUCCCCGUAAAUCAUCAAGUGCGGAGAUGAGGAUUGUUUUCCGUCUUCAAACGCCCCACUAUUCAGAUCAAACCGUGAAAGUAUCGGGCUUCAUGCACCUCGAGCUCGCAACAAACACGUACCAAGUUAAUGAGCAGCAUAAAGUUGUGCACAAGAUAUUUACGAUAUUUUUGGUAACGGCUACCUUGUGCAUACAGGCUGUUUCAUUUGCAUAUUGAAUUGAAAGUCACCCAUCGAGCACGACGUUGGU